AUGGCCGCGCAGGUCGCCGCGGUGCCGCGGGCCCCGGAGGAGCCGCCGCCGCCGCCGCCGCCCUCAGCGGACCGGCCCGCCCGGCCCCGCGGGCCCCGCCGCCGGCGAGCGGCACCCGGCGAGCCACCGGCCGCCAAGCGGGCCCGGCCGAGCCAGCCGCUGCUGGCGGGGCCCGGCCCGGCGGAGCCGCUGCCCCCGCCCGCCCUCCCCGCCGCCGCGGGGCUGUUCACGUUCUCCCCGCUCAGCCUCCCGCCGCCCGGGGAGCGCCGACACCACCACCGGCACCACGCCGAGCCCGCCGGCCACAAGGCGAGGCGCGGCAGCCCCGCGGACGGCGCGGCGGGGCGGCCCAGCCAGCGAGAAACUCCAGAUGAAAAUGGCAAAACCCAGCGAGCUGACAGUCUUAUUAUGAAGAAGAUAAAGAAAAAAAAGAAAAAGAAACACCGGGAGGAUGUGAGGGGAAAGCGCCUGAAGAUGUACAACAAGGAGGUGCAGACGGUGUGUGCCGGGCUCACCCGCAUUGACAAGGAGACUCUGGCUCAAGGACAGUGUGACAGCCUGGAAAUGAACAAGGAAUCCUUCAGGUACCUGAAGGACGAGCAGCUGUGCAGACUGAACUUGGGCAUGCAGGAGUACCGCGUACCCCAGGGAGUGCAGACCCCCUUUGUGACGCACCAGGAGCACUCUGUCCGCAGCAGCUUCCUCAAGACUGGCACUAAAUUCAGCAACUUCAUCCACGAGGAGCACCAGUCCAAUGGAGGUGCCCUGGUCCUGCAUGCCUACAUGGAUGAACUCUCAUUUUUGUCUCCAGUGGAGAUGGAGAGAUUUGCAGAGGAGUUUCUUGCGUUGUCAUUCAGUGAAAAUGAUAAAAAUGCAGCUUACUAUGCUUUAGCCAUAGUGCACGGGGCAGCUGCCUAUUUACCAGACUUCCUGGAUUACUUUGCUUUUAACUUUCCAAACACUCCAGUGAAAAUGGAAAUUUUGGGCAAGAAGGACAUUGAAACAACAACAAUUUCAAAUUUUCACUCUCAGGUCAAUCGGACGUACUGCUGUGGCACCUACCGAGCGGGCCCCAUGCGCCAGAUCAGCCUGGUGGGAGCCGUGGAUGAAGAAGUGGGGGACUACUUCCCAGAAUUCCUGGAUAUGUUGGAAGAAUCUCCAUUUCUCAGAAUGACUCUGCCCUGGGGGACUCUUUCCAGUCUCAGACUGCAGUGCAGGUCCCAGAGUGAUGAUGGGCCCAUCAUGUGGGUGAGGCCGGGAGAGCAGAUGAUCCCCACAGCUGAUAUGCCAAAAUCCCCCUUCAAACGGCGCCGGUCCAUGAACGAGAUCAAGAACCUGCAGUACCUACCUCGGACCAGCGAGCCCCGCGAGGUCCUGUUCGAGGACAGGACGCGAGCCCACGCCGACCACGUGGGGCAGGGCUUUGACUGGCAGAGCACAGCUGCUGUCGGGGUGCUCAAGGCUGUGCAGUUUGGGGAAUGGAGUGACCAGCCUCGUAUAACCAAAGAUGUGGUUUGUUUUCAUGCUGAAGACUUCACUGAUGUUGUGCAGAGACUUCAGCUGGACCUGCAUGAACCUCCAGUGUCACAGUGUGUUCAAUGGGUGGACGAAGCCAAACUAAACCAAAUGAGACGGGAAGGCAUUCGCUAUGCCAGGAUUCAGUUGUGUGACAAUGACAUCUACUUCAUCCCCAGAAAUGUCAUUCAUCAGUUCAAAACAGUGUCAGCAGUCUGCAGCCUAGCCUGGCACAUCAGACUCAAACAGUACCACCCCGUGGGGGAGACUUCUCCAAAAGCAGAGAGCAGCUCAAGCCUGAACAGUGACGUUCCUGGGAGCACAGAGGCACAAGGUGAACCCCAAGGUGUGAGUGUAAAAACAGAGUCUGAAGAACCAGGUAUAGAAAUUCAGCUUACCCCAGGGGUGCUCUCCUCCUCUGUUUCUUCAAUAUCAGGACUUGUGCAACCAGAUCAGGUGGCCCAGCCCCUUCCAGGUUUUAAAAUAGAGUCUGAUCAGCAACACAAUCCACAGGAUCAUGCAGGCUCUUCUGUGUGAUAUGUAUAUAUUCAAACAUUUUUUAAACAACUUUUUAAAAUUUUGAUGUGAAGUUAUAGUUUUAUAACUGGCUUAUGUUUUAUUGGAGAAAUCUUGCCUAUAAUUCUAUAAAGAAAGGUGACAUUCCAAAAUGUCAAGCAUAUCUUUUUUACACAGAUUAUGCAAAAUUCAAGUUGUAUUUUAACCCCUUAGUACAACCUGUAACAGUGGUCUACCACUUCUUUCUGUUUAAGUAAAGAGAUGUUGAAUAUCUUCUCAAAGUCAGAUUGGAAUUCCUCCAGGAAUAUGAAAUGAUUGAACUCCAUUGGUCAGUGUUAUUUCCCUGCUUUUACUUUAUCUCUAAUCUUCACCAGAAAGUGAUGCUUUUGUAGAAGACUUGCAAAGUGAUU